AUGCCUCAAUCACAGAAACGUGCAUCUAACGGCAAGACUGCGAGGCAGCUAGUGUGUGAGAGGAUUCCAGACUUGAAACUCUCCCAAGAAUUGACCUCAUCUGUGACAAUCCAUGCAAUUGACAUUGUUGCUCCCAUCAAGCUGUGGCGAGGCUUCGAGAUGCAGGUCAGAAUGGCAACGAAUAAUGUCAACUUCAGAAGAAGCAUUAUAGACCACCGGCCUGCUGGUUUCUUGAGCAGACACCAUAUCAGCAAUGAAUUCUACGCUUGUUCCGACGAAGGAGAUAUUCAAGGGCGGUUCAAUAAUAACGUUAGCAAUGUAAUGGCAGCAAUAUUCCAAUCAUCAGGCAUCAUGUGCGAGUUCAGCUCCGGCCGCUCGACGAGAACAGAUUGCGGGGGAAUACCGGAUAAUGUCCUCACAAUGACUAACGGGACGCGAGCACUCCUUGUUGGAGAGUUCAAGACGCCUUGGGCUCAUAGCCUUAUAAGAGGCAUUAGAAAACCAGCAUACCGACCACGCUUAUUUGGGCAAAUUGGCAUGUAUAUGUACUGUGCGGGUGUACAAUAUGGUUUCCUAUCAACCUACAACGAAACCAUAUUCUGUGCUCAGAUGCCCAACACGCAAACGGGGUUGUAUGAACUGUGGAUCUCCCCUGUGAUAACUCACGACACGGUAUCUCAAGCAGUUUCACAGCAGGACGCACAAAACCCAGAUGCUUAUCGGGACAUGGUAUCCCUAAGAGAAUGUCUCAUGUACUUAGGUCUGCAAGUGCAAGCACAGCACUGGAGAUCGGCCAACAAUAACGCUGCCAGUACAUUCUACAAGAUUGCUUAG